GUGUCUGCCAAACGAAUGUUAUUCCCUUUUAGUACUCAAAGUUACAGAAUGAUUCAUCUCAUUCCAUGAUAGAAAAGGACAUACAUUUUCCAGCAUAGCGAUAUCUCAAACUCUGGAAAACAACAAACCCCAACGAAUCGACGAGAACCACACUUGACUGGAUCAUUUCUUUUCGAAACAGACUCCAGAAAAAUCAGUUUGAAUUUUGGCAAGAGUUUCAUUAAGAAAAUUCUCAUAUCUAAAGCCAUAGGGGUUUGGUGCUAUUUAUAAAAAAAUUAGAGGGUGCGUAGGUGAGUAGUUAUACCCCGAGUAGUUAUACCCCGACCAUUGCACUGCAUCGGUUCGACCACAACAGUUGGACAGAUUGGUUUAUCUCAACCACCACAUCAGUUUGUUUCGGUUCAACUUGAUUUGGUUCGGGUUGGUUACACAAACCAUUCUAUCCAAUUUCCAACAUGUAUACAAUUCGACCGAAUCUGAAGGUGAGUCGCGUACUUAGAAAAAUCCAAUCGGACGCUUUUCUCAUCGAGCGCCCAAAACCCUGUCAAGGUAGGCCGAAUGAACAAACCUUCUCCCAUGAUCAGUCACUUGCAAUUCUGCAAACGCGACGCGAAGCUAAAAAGAAAAUUUGUCGCGUUUCAGAGAAAGGCAAAUAAAUCUCACCGUCUGCAAUCUGCUGUAACUCGUAGCACAAUCAAUUGUCGUUUGUCGUCAUCCCCGGAAAAAGGGAAUCCGGCGGCCGGCCGAGUGCACUGCAGCAGCAGCGGUUGUUUUCUUGUUCUUACCUCUUGUCCUUGCCUCUUGUCCUUCUUGUUAAAUAACCGGCAGGUCCGACGACAAUAAAUAGCGAGUGAGUAGAGAAUCGAACGAAUUGCAUUGCACCCAAUCUCCUCGAUUGCCAGAAAUGGAGAACAACAUCAAUCACCUCCACGCUUCAGCUUCCCCAGCCUUAACACCAAACCUCUUCUUCGAUGAGGGAUCCUUCCCUGAUUUCGGAAUCAUGGCGGAGCUCGAGUAUCACAGUGGCUCCGAAGACGACGACGAUGGAGAAGAAGAAGAGGAAGAAGAAGAGAAGUUUAACUCCGACAACAAGCAGCAUCAGCAGAAGCAAAUCUUCGACCCCGGAGCUUGGUUCGACAUCCUCAAACACCGGCUCUCCUCUUCCCCUGGCAAGAUCAACCCCGAAUCGAGCACAAACUGCACCCGAGAGUUCUGGACCAACGAAAUCAUAAAGCUGGCCGGGGCCAGAAUCUUACAAUCCAGGUCGCCGGCGCAAGGAAUUGACGUCCCUCACCUCCUCACCGGACUCACCAAUGAGGAAUCAAAGAACGUGGAGCUCAUGGAGUACCUCCUCGAGUCCGCCGAGCACGUCGGGAAGGGGAAAUUCGAACUCGCACUCCAGGUGCUCGACCUCUGCACCCGGCUAUCUUCCCAAACCGGAAACCCGAUCCAGCGGGUCGGGUACUACUUCUCCAGCGCCCUCCGCCAGCGGAUCGAGCUCCAGAAAACCCGCCGCGGCGGCGAAUUGGAGGAAGACGAUCAUCGGAAGCCGAUCGAAUCCGACAUGACGGUGACGCUCCCGGACAAGAGCGCGAUGGAGUUCCGCACCAGAGUCCCGUUCUACACCGCCUCCCAGCUCGCCGCGGUCCAGAUCUUGAUGGAGAACGUCGCCGGAGAGAAGCGGAUCCACGUGAUCGAGCUCCGGAUCUGCUCCGGCAUGCCGAUGAUCGCGCUGAUGCAGGCCGUAGCGAGUUCCCCCAAUCCGAUCGAGAUGCUAAGAAUCACCGCUCUAGCGCACGACGCGGCGGAGGAGCGGUUCAUCCACGGGUCGGGUCGGCGGCUGGUAGGGUUUGCAAGAGGGAUGGGCCUGCCGUUCUCUUUCAACGUGGUCCGGAUCUGGGAGCCGCCUUCGGCGGCCCAUAAAGACAAACUGGGCCUUGAGCCCAGGGAAGCGACGGUUGUCCUCGCCGAGUACGCGCUCAGCCUGAUGGUUACAAAACCCAACCGGCUGGAAGCGAUGAUGAAGCUGAUCCGGUCCAUCCGGCCGCGCGUGAUGGUGGUGAUCGAGACGGAGGCGAAUCACAACGCGCCCGAUUUCGGGCACCGGUUCGUCGAGACGCUGUUCACCGCCGGCGCGUACUUCGACUGCCUGGCGAGCUGUAUGGAGGGUAACGAGGCGGCGAGGGCGGUGAUGGAGUCGCGGUACAUGAACGACCGGAUCAGGAACAUCUUGGUGGCGGAAGGGGAGAAGAGGGUUGUUAGAGAUGUGAAGAUUGGGGUUUGGCGGAAGUACUUUGCUCGGUUCGGGAUGCUGGAGAUUUCGGUGAGAGGGUUGGGGCUGCAGCAUGCGAACCUGGUGAUUCGCAGCUCGCCGUUCGCCGGUUCCUGCCUGGUGGCGCUGGAUCGGAAGAGCUUGAUGAUUGGGUGGAAGGAUAUGCCGCUGCUCUUUGUUUCUGCCUGGAAGUUUAUGAAGGCGAUACCACACUAGCUGCUGGUGCUAAUUUGGGAUUUUUGUAUUUACCAUGGCAACAAGAAACAAACAAACGAGGUGGCUUUUUGUUUGACGUUAAUGGAUGGUUAUAGUGUCAUGUCCAUAUUUGCAUAAGUGCAGACAUGCAUAAGUGCUAAUGAAUAGACGUGCAUGAAAUCAAAGUUUGGAUUUACAAUAACUUAGUUCACUAAGAAAUAUAGCUAGGACAUGUUAUUCAUGAUCUUAUUGUGAGUGUGGAGCCACCUAACCCAACGCUCGAAGAAGAUAAAAGACCAUUUUGGGGAUUGGAGCAAGACGGGGUGUGCUUCGGGAUGAGAUCGGCUAACUCCCCUGGUGGCUGGCUUUGAGGAGACAGAAACUAAAGCAGAGCUAGAGAACUCUCUGUAGAUGGAAGGGCUCGAGCAGGAUCAAACAUUUUCUCUGCCUCGUGUGUGUCAUGACCGCCUGAUGACCAACAAGGCAACAAUGAACGAGUGAGAAGGAAGAUCGAGACUAACCGCAGCUGCAGGCACUGCGAGGAGGUGGAGGAAUCAAUUGAACAUAUCUUUAAGGAACUGCUGCAAUGGCGAUGGCGCCGUAUGGAGGAAGCUUAGAGAGAAAAUAGCGGACAAAAAAACCUCGCGAUUAUUCAUUCGAAGACUAUUUACUUGCUAACUUUUUGGAUUUGAGCUUGGUUUAACAUCGUCAGACAAGCUCGGGAUUGGACCCAAAAGACAAAUGUUGUGGCUGCGAACGUCACUCUCAACAAGCCGAUUGGUUGGGAAUAGGGCUGUUCAUUUGGUUUUGGUUUUUUGGUUUUAACCGAAACCAAACCAAUUGGAAAGCUAAUGGUUUCAGUUUUUUGGUUUUAAACCAAUAAGCAACUUAAUGGUUUUGGUUUGGUUAAAACCGAAAAACCAAUAGAAACCAUUAAGAAACCAAUAAGAAUAAAAUUCUUUAUCAACAAUUUUUUUUUUCUCUUUUGAAACGCAUGCCAACCAAUAAUUUGUUAUGGCCAUUUACCAUUAUUAUGACGUUUAUUCAAUAAAAAGGAGGGAAAUAGGAAUAAAUAUGAGUGUAUGAGUACAUGUUGGUUUUUUGGUUAUCCAAACCAAAACCAAUAAGGGCCUUAAUGGUUUUGAUUUUGGUUUUUGGGAUUUGGUUUUUGGUUUUUCAUACUUAAUGGUUUGGUUAACCAAACCAAACCAAAUUGACAGCCCUAGUUGGGAACCACCCGAGGAAGGUGAACGCAAAUCCAGAUCGAUGGAUCAGUCCACACCCACUCGGGGGAAAGCUGAUGCAUGUGAGCUUAUUCGUAACAACCUUGGAAAAUGCAACGGGGCCUUCACUUUGCAAUCUCGGUGUGUGCUCUAUUACUUGUGCAGAGUUGAAGGGAGCUGUCGAGGGGCUAAACCUGGCGUGGAAGGAAAGCUAUAGGAAGGUGGAUACCAACCUUGACCCCAACACGACACAAGCAACUAUAUAUCAAGAACCGAAGCGAUGAUGAUCACAGGCACGACCUUCUUGCUAGUUCUGUGAAACAACUUGUAAAUCUCGAUUGGGAGGUGCAGGUUAAUCAUUGUGGACAUGGAGGCGACCUUCGUCGCUGAUUACCUCGCGAAUAGAGGUCAUUGUUCUACUUUUGGACAACAUUUUUUUUGAUGUGUGCAACCCUACCUUUUAGACAGUAGAUGUUGGACACUUCCAUGAACGUUCAAUUUCAUAUAUGAUAUAGGUGCUUCUGCGAUCACUCUUUCUUACCAAUAAAAGAGAUCCAAAAUCGCCAUUGGCAGUGUCAUCAUCAAAGGCUAAAUUAAAAUAUUAACUCUAUAUCUCUCCCUAACGUCCUUUUCCUAAAGAAAAUAUUUUAAAUGCU